AAAGUUCAAGCACAACGUGCAGUGUCGUCAGCAAAAAAAGAGGUUAAAACUGAAUUUUUCCAGAAUGGCUGUUGUGAGCAUUGGCUAUACUUCGACAAAUGGAUAUGAGAGUGACUUGGAUGGGUUCCCUUACUCGCAGUUUGUGAAGAACCUCUAUAGAAUGAGGCGGGAGCGACAGCAGCGCGAAGGUGCUCCGCCAAUGAGACCUCAGUACAGGCGUCCGCGUGCCAGAAGAAUGCGUAUGCAUAUGCGACUCUCAAUUUCUUCAACUCUAAAUAAUAACUAUUUCGAUUAUGAAGGAGCACGCAUAAUACGCAUGGAACGACGCCGCAACGAUCCGCCGCAUUCGCCGUUUGAGGCUUUUUGUCUGCUCCUCAAAUCCUUAAAUCCGAAAUAUCAUUUCGAAUUCUAUUGCUUUCUGUGGGUUCUAGCUGCGUUCGCUAUUCUGGCUUAUGUGACUUAUUGGAAGUGUUAUUGAAAACUGGAUUGUAUCAAUUGGUGCUGUAUUAUCACACAACAAAUGUAAUAAAAAUCAAUGAAAUCUGUUGCUUUU